AUGGCCUCUCUAUUAAACGAACCUUUGCUUUCGGACCGACCUCUUUUUACCGAUAUACUAAGCACUACGGCUAAAGAAGAUGACGCAAGCCAAGAUAAGUUAAUUGAUAAAGCAAUUAAAAAUCAAGCGAUUAAGAGUCAAGCGGCUAAAGAUAAGGACGAAGCACAAAAAAGUAAAGCAGAUAUAAUACGCGGCGAAAGCGUAAAAGAAGAAAACUUAAAUUUGCAAAGUAAACAAAUUACUUUACUUAGCGCAAAUCCUUAUUUUUAG